AUGGCGUAUCCAAUUGAACAACAAUCACCCAAACCGACGCCGAGAAUGUCGAGAAAUACAAACCCGUAUCAUAUAAAGAGGCCAAUGAACGCAUUUAUGGUGUGGUCAAGACUACAAAGGAAGAAAAUAUCAAUGAUGAAUCCAAAACUGCAUAACUCUGAGAUCUCAAAAAGAUUAGGCCUAGAAUGGAAGAGUUUAGACGAAACGGAGAAGAGGCCAUUUAUAGACGAAGCGAAGAGGCUUAGGCUAAAACACAUGCAUGAUUACCCCGACUACAAGUACCGACCACGUCGAAAGAAUAGAUUGGAGACAACGUUUACCAAUCCCACUAUCUACGCAACAAGAGACGCGUUUGUUGAGAUAGAACCGCGUCCAGACCAAAAUUAUCAAAUUCCAGUUAAUUACACUGAUCAUCAAUUUAUGUAUAACAACAUGAUCAGCUACUCUGUGCCAGCGAUGCCACAGACCUCGUUUGUGUCGACGACGAUACGACCUAAGGAAGAAACGUUGCCGAGUUUGGACUUGAGGCCUUUGCCGUCUAUAGAGAGCAUUUCUCCGAGGCCGUUCGCGGUCAUGAAUCAGCAAAUGAUGGUAAAAGCGUAUCAGGACUUGCAUUAUGUGCCCAGUGAAGUUACGAGAAUUUCAUAUCAUUACCCUUUUGGUAUACAAUAA